AUUCAAACUAAAAAUGGAAGGAAACUCCGAAGAACGUAAAAGAAAACAAUCUUACCUUAAAAGAGAAAUCCUUGACGCGAACUACGAUAAAGGAGAGUUUGCAGAAUUUAUGAUGGGCCAGAAACCUGAUGGACUGAAUGUAGAUAAUUGGGAAGAGACAGAGCUGAUGAUGGUCGUAGAUGAGUUUGUCAGGACCCAUACACCGCUUCCUGUAGAGUAUGAUGAGGGAUAUGGUGAGGAGUCUCCACAUGAAAGCCAAGAUGUUUCUCCAGCUUAUGGGCAUGGAGAGUAUUUAGACACAGAAGAAAUUGAGGGAGAUAUGUAUCCAGAUGAUGGGUCACAAGAACCUCAGAGCCAAAUUGAUAGCUAUCAAGAACAUACAGAUCCAAAUUUUCAACAUCCUCAUGGUUACCAAGAACCAGCAUCUCAAGUAGCCCAGCCUUCAGAGUUUAAUAAUCCUGAUAAUAUUCCAAAUCCGGUUGGAGAAAUUCCAGCUUCGAACGCUCCUCCAAAAGCAGAAAUCGUUAAUCCAGAGCAAGAAGCUCAGAGGCAACAUGAAGAGGCUAAGAGACAAGAAGAAGCCAAGAUUCAAGAUGAGCAGGAAGCACACAUGAAAGCACUUCAGCUAGAACAGUAUCGGAAGGAUGAGAAGCACAUUCAGGAGAAACUCCAACUGGAGGGCCAGCUCCAAGAAGCAUUUCAUAAUGAGACGAUGUUUGCUCCUUCAAAGAACUUUGCAGAUAUGAAGCCUAAGUACACCAUGGACUAUGGAAUCAAGAUGGGUGACUUUGAAGGAGUCAAGCUGUUUAAGACCAGACUUAACCAUGAAAAAGACCUCAAAAUUGUAAUUAGUGAUCCAGAGGUGGUAGAUGAAGGGUUCUUUGUGGGGAAACAUCUCAGUUUUAAGGUUGAAGUCCAGCCUUUGUCGUGGGCUGUACAUAGAAGAGACAAGGAUUUUAAUAUUUUAAGAGACUACCUUGUCAAGGCUUUUCCACAUCUCGUGAUCCCAGCUGCUCCUGAAUUUAAUGCCUAUAAAUCAAUGGAUAAAUCAAUGAUCAAGAAAAGAGAGCAUUUGUUGAAUAGAUUCAUGAAUAAAUUAAUGAUUCAAAAGGAUUUGAGAGCUUGCCCAGCAGUUUUAGACUUUGUGAGCUAUGAAGACUCUAAAGCUUUUACAAAGCAACUGAAGCAAAGCUUAGAAUCCGCUCCCAAGCUUAAAUUUGUCAGUGAGUUUCCGACUUCAACAGGUAUCCACAAAGUGCACAUAACGAAGCAAGUAGAAAUGCUAUGUAAUCAAUUCGAGAAAUACGUUAACAGUCAUGAAUGCUUGUUCAAAAAGUUUCACUUCUUGGGAAGGAAACUCAGUAGUGAUUUAAUGGAAGUUGCUAAAACCUUGGAUGCAUUAUCAUUCUGUUCAAAUAAUAUCUCAACAAUGUACAAGAUCGGGAAUUCGGAUGAUAUGGGCGAUCUAUAUGGAAAUUUGAGUGAUCACUUUAAGAAGUGGAGCAAGGACAUGCACAACGAAGCGAAGAUAAACCUCAAGCAUAUUCCUCAAUACUUUAACUACACUUCCUCGGAAUAUGAAGGCUAUAAGAAUCUUUUCAACAACCGAAACAAAUUUAUAGAGAGGUUUCUUACCAAAAGUAAUGAUCUUCAAGUAAAGAAAGAAAAACUAUUUAAAUCUGGCAAGCCAGAAAAAUGGUAUUUGAGGGAUGAAGACAUGAAGAGAUCAAUGGAUUUGCUCAAUGACAAGACUGAGGCUCUUCGAGUCAUGCUUCCUGACCAGACUCAAGAAGUUAUGAACUAUGAAAUAGCCUAUACUUAUGUUUCCAACCAGUGCUAUAGCGAGAUUAAGAAGUUCAAUAGCCAUGAAAUAAAGGAUCUUUAUAGCCACUUUAAAGAAUACACUGCUAAAAUGAAUGAGGUGUUUGAGCAAGAGCAGAAGAACUUGUCUUACUUUAUUGGAACACUUCAUAGCAAACCUAGUGAUCAUCCUGAAGAAGACCACAAAGUAGACAUCUAGAUAAAAUUCAGCAUAA